AUGGCUUCCACACAUCACAAACCCGCAAUACCUUUGAAAAUCAUAUUCAUAGGGGAGAGUGGCGUUGGGAAAACCGCUGUCAUUCAAAAGUAUGUGAACAAUGUUUUCCUUUCAAAUACACAAUCGACACUUGGCGUGGAGUUUGUCCCAAAGGUUUGGGAUACCGCCGGACAAGAACGUUUUCGAUCGAUGACAGCCGGUUAUUAUCGGGGGUGUCAUGGUAUCAUAGUGAUGUUUGAUGUGACCAACCGUGAUUCAUUUGAAGCCGUGAAGUCAUGGGCUGAUGCUGUUGGUGGGAGUUCACAGAAUGCGUUGUGUAAAAUAUUAGUUGGGAACAAAAUUGAUAUCAAUGGACAACGAAAAGUCGAGAAGGAAGAAGGGGAGAAGAUGGCUGAACAGAUAGGGUAUAUGUAUCUUGAAUGUUCUGCUGCACUCGACAAACCAGUGACGCAACUUUUUGAAACGUUAGCCGAUUCCAUCAUCGCCAAAUAUAACCCAAAACCUUUAACACAAACAGAGACGGAAAAGGAAAGAGUCUCUAUUGUCCCUCAACAACAAGCUGCAUCUUCUGCAGUGCCAAAGGAACAAGCAGGUUGUUGUUAA